GCGGAGAGCUCACGCAUGAACUACCCAUGUUCUGGGGCCCACCACUUCCAGAACCUUCUGGAACGGUCAUGCUCGCUGAAGGCAGGAAAAGCCUUUAGGAAAUUCCUUCCCCUCUUUGAUCGUGUUCUGGUUGAACGAUGUGCGGCUGAGACAGUAACCAAAGGAGGCAUCAUGAUUCCAGAAAAAGCUCAAGGGAAGGUGCUACAAGCAACAGUAGUAGCAGUUGGAUCGGGAGCCAGAGGAAAGGAUUUCUACAAUUGGCCUGAUGAAUCCUUUGAAGAAAUGGAUAGCACAUUAGCUGUUCAGCAGUAUAUUCAGCAAAACAUAAGGGCAGACUGCUCCAACAUUGAUAAGAUCCUUGAACCUCCUGAAGGCCAGGAUGAAGGUGUAUGGAAGUAUGAACAUUUAAGGCAAUUCUGCCUUGAGCUCAAUGGACUAGCUGUCAAGCUGCAGAGUGAAUGUCACCCAGACACAUGUACUCAGAUGACAGCAACUGAACAAUGGAUUUUUCUUUGUGCAGCUCAUAAAACUCCCAAAGAGUGUCCUGCUAUAGACUACACCAGACACACACUUGAUGGAGCUGCAUGUCUCCUGAAUAGCAAUAAAUAUUUCCCCAGCAGGGUUAGCAUAAAGGAAUCCUCUGUAGCCAAAUUAGGAUCGGUGUGCCGAAGGAUUUACAGAAUAUUUUCACAUGCUUAUUUUCAUCACCGGCAGAUAUUUGAUGAAUAUGAAAAUGAAACGUUCUUGUGUCACCGGUUCACUAAGUUUGUGAUGAAGUACAACCUGAUGUCCAAGGAUAACCUGAUUGUACCCAUUUUGGAAGAAGAAGUGCAAAACUCAGUGUCAGGGGAAAGUGAGGCAUGAUGGGAAUGGCAGUACAGAGCCUGUACUGAAUAUAAAGCAAACAUUAAUUAUGUACUGUAUAUAUCAUUUUAGACACUUCAAUCACGUAUCCUCAUAGCUUUGUUUAGUAUACUUUUUGUAUGCUGUGUGCAUUGCCUUUUAAUAUGGGAAAUACUUUAAGUUAUUCAUGAGCUGUAUAUUCAUCAAUGUGGCACUCAUGGUUUUUAAAUAAAAGUAGUAGUAUCUGUUUAUAAUGCCUGUUAAUAAAAGAAUUUACAGUUCUCUAAAA